AUGCAAAGCACGGGCGGCAGCAGCAGCAGUUUGCCGUGCGCUGUGUCCGCUGGGCUGAAGGCGGUUCUGCCAGGGCUGCCGGGGCUGACACCGGCCCGGGAUGGGCCCGCCUCCGGCUGCGGGGCCCGUGCGGAGCCCAGGGGCUCUGGGUUCUCGGGCCUCUCCACUGCCAAGGCUGGGAGGAACAAACCCCGGGAGGGCCGGGCGCCUCGGGCUCGGGGAAUCCCCGGCACUGUCCCGCCCGCGCCAGGCAAGCACAGCGACCACAGGGACCCCCCUGCCCGACACCCUUCGGACCGCGGCGCAGCGGGACCCCGGGGGCAGCCGGAACGCCUCAGGCCCGGGGCCGCUCCCGCCGCGCGCGGGACACGCCCCGCCCGCAGGUCCUGGCAGGGCCGCAGCGAGCGCGGGGCCGGAGCCGGGGCCGGCGGGAGGAGCGGCGGGGCCGCGGCCGGGCUGAUGCUGCCUGCGGGCUGCGGCCGAAGGGCGGCGGCGGCGCUGAGGACGGCGCUGGGCGAGGGCGCGGAGCGGCGGCGGGAGCUGGAGCGGCGGGCGGCGCGGAGCCGGGCGCUCCUGUGGCGCUGGGAUGAUGAAGAAGAGGAGCAGCCACAGCCAGGCUCCAGCACUGAACAUGAAGACAGGCCUUCACCCAAGGAGCUAGAGGAGCUGGAACUGCUCAACAGGGCCUUAGAGAAGGCACUGAAAGUCAGGAAAAGCAUCUUGAAAACUCCAUUAGAGGCUCAGGGAGCUACCGGAAAGAAAUGGGCAGGUGAGGCACAUGCUCCCAAGAAAGCUGAAGAGCAGCAGGUGCCUGUACCUGUUCAGGAUAUCCAUGAGUGCAGGAAGGUGAGAGCUGGAAGCAAAAAGCCUUUGUUGUUGAAGAAGCCCUCUCCAUACCUGUUAAGAGCCCCUUACAGGACUGACCCAGACAUGAAGAAACUGCAGCAGAAAGUCCCAGCCAGAUGUGUUUCUCAAGGCCCCAGGAUAGCUGGGAAGAUUACCUCAAAAGGAAUGACUUCCAAACAAGGAAGGAGUCACAGGACAGCAACUGGUGCCAGUGCCAGAGAGGUCUGUGCUGCAGCUGAACCCUGGGAGACACCUGGCUUGUCUGAAUCUGCCCCAAAUGAGCAGCAAAGCUUUUCUGGAGGUGGUUCAACUGUGGGAAAGAAUUCCAUAGCUGAUGGCAAGCAGUUACUUGAUGCAGGGAAGAAAAGUUGUGGUUUCCUGGGAGAGUCCAGCAAAAAGGAGGACACUGCAGGGCCAUGGGAAAGGAGCAUUUCACUGGGGCCAGGCACCCUGCAGGAAAAGGGAUGCCAGCUGAAGCUCCCCCUUUCCUACAGGAAAGCCUAUUCCAGGAACUCCAGGGCAUGGCAGAGAUGUCGUCUGUACCAAACAAGUGCAGAUGCAGCAGCUGCAAGGACCCGUUUUAUGGAGAGGAUCCAGACAACUUUUUGCUCCCCGAAGCUGAGCCUCAGUCCUGCAGAGAUAGAGGAGGAGUUAAGGGGCCUCCAGGAUGUCUUCUCCCAUCUGAGGCAGUAUGUGGAAGCUGAGCCUGUAGACCCUCCCACUCUGCAAGGAGAGUAUGAAAGCCUUCUGACCUUGGAGGGUUUGCAAUCCACAGUGUCCCAGUGCCUGCAGAAGCUGCAGCUGCUGCGAGCAGCUCUGGAGUCCCAGCUGAGGUUGUGCCCAGACUGCAUUGGGGAUGUGGGGAGCUGCUCUCCAGCCUGUGUCCCUGCCAGGGGACAGACAUGUGACAGUGCAGACAUGCUGGCUGUGCCUCUCCUCUACUACUCCAGUCUCCAGGAGCUGAGGGACCUGUUUGCCUUGAAGCUGCAAGUGUCAAUGCUGCACCAAGAGAUUGCCAUACAAAAGGUGAUGAUGGCAGAGCUGCUGCCUGUCCUGGAGCCCAGGCCAUUCCUGGAGGGCUCUGCAGGGCUGUUCCGAGCCAUCCACACCCAGCUCUGUGAGGGUGGCCGGCACUUCCCUGUGCUGGUGAGAGAUGAGCUGCUGGACUGAGCUGGGGAGCCUCCUGCUAGUCCUGCACAAAGACAGCUCUAAGCAAUAAAUCUUUUCUACUAACUUC